GAACGGAACUUCAGUGCAGCUGCGACGAGCAGCUGACGCGGAAUCAUUCAGGUUUGUGGUGUAGAGCUCGCGCCGGGUAUAUACGUGACACGGGACACCGCACGACAGGUCACACGUUGCCGCUUCAGCCUCCGAGAGCCGGAGAGAGGAGAGGACCAGCCGAGAUUCGCGCGGUGUCUUCGGUACCCGCCGCAAAUGAGCUCGCGCCGCGAGUGCGCGCGCGAGGGAAACGCUCUUGCUGCCGAUCGCCGCGGCCGCAUCUCACAAUCAGUCGCGAACAGUGCGGUGUGUCGUCGCCGUCGUCGUCACCAUCGUCAUCAUCAUCAUCAUCAUCAUCAUCGUUACGCGAUUCCGCGGCGAUCGAGGUGCGUCGCCGCCUGUGCUCCGCGGUCACGACGACAACUCGGGUCGAGAGUGUCGAGACGGCAGUUGAGAAGGAGCUUGUGAAAGAGGCAAAGAGGCAAAGAGCAACGCGCGACAAGUGUACGCGCGCGAGCGCGCCGACGCCGACGCCGACGCCGACGCCGACGCCGACGCCGACGCCGACGUCGAGGGAAUACAUACUCGCAGCAAAUUGUCGCGGCAAAGUCUGAGAUCCGGUAUAUCUAAACAUGGAGUUGACACGAUUACCUUCGACACUGGCUUUGGCUUUGGCCCUGGCCUUCCUUUCGACGACACAUCGUUGCAACGCCACCUCAGAAAGUAUAAUCGGAAGCCGAGAGACCUGCGACAUCGAGGGAGAAGAUAUCACCGUCGAUAAGAUCCUGAACACAAGCUGCUUCCGCUGCAUUUGCAAGAAUGGAUUCGUGGAGUGUUUGAAACAACAGUGUCCGAACAUCGAAGGUUGCUACGCGUUGCUGGACCCGCGCGACGACGAGUGCUGCCACAAAUGCACAGGGUGCAUGCAGAAUGGCGUAUAUCACGCAUCGGAUACGGAAUGGACGGAAGAAAACGACCCCUGUCUAAUAUUCACCUGUAAAGCGGGCGUCAUCACUGAAUCAAAACUACGAUGUUACACGCCCUGUUCUCAUCCAAAAGCGGCCCCAUCUGGUCAGUGUUGUCCUAUAUGCGAAGGUUGUUUAGUAAAUGGACAGAAGGUGACGGAAGAUAGGUCGGUGACAACGACGGAAGACCCCUGCGUGACCUGCAAAUGCAAUAAGGGACAUCUCACCUGCGCGAAGCAAGCCUGUCCGACACUUAAUUGUCCUUCAACGAGGAUCGUUGAUGUAUCUGGGGAAUGCUGUCCACAUUGUCGAGGCAGUGCAAGAUUUUUCUCACCUCCGAAAGGCGCGUGCAUGCUCGGCACGCAUUUAUAUAACUCGGGUAGUGAAUUUUACGUGGAUCACUGUACGCGCUGCACCUGCGUCAAUUCGGCGAUCUCGUGCAUAAGGGAGACCUGUCCGGUACUGGAAUGUCCCAGGGAACAUCAGAUGCUCCUACUCAACCGCUGUUGCCCGCAAUGCUUGCUCGUCGAGGAGAGCAGGGCCUCUUGUUCUUAUGGUGGAAGAACUUAUGUGGCGAGUAUCACGCUUUUAUUCAUCGUCAUGCAAUCUUAUCCGCAGGAUGGCGAAAAUUGGAAGCUGGAUUCCUGUAAGACAUGUACCUGUAAACAGGGCAAAGUGCGCUGCGCAAUGCCUCAGUGUCCGCCGAUGAACUUUCGUUGCCCGCCAAAUUCUAAAUUGGAACAUCCGGAAGGCCAAUGCUGUCCACGAUGUGUAGAGCGUGACGGUGUUUGCACAGUUUUUGGAGAUCCACAUUAUCGUACGUUCGAUGGAAAAUUCUACAGCUUCAAGGGAGCGUGCAAGUAUCAACUAGUUACCGACUGUUUUUCUCAUACAUUUAGCAUACGGGUAACUAAUGAUGCUAGGAAAACGAAAUUUUCAGCGUGGACCAAAACUAUCGCUAUAAAGAUCGGUGAUUUAAAAGUGAAUCUUGGUCAAAAAAUGAGAGUGAAAGUAAACGGGAAAAAGGUGAACAUUCCUUAUCGCGUUGCUAACCAACUGGACAUCAAUCGUACAGACGACAGUGUGAUUGUCAAUACGCGGAUCGGAAUCAAAGUUCAUUGGGAUGGUAUCAGCUUUCUCGAAGUAUCCGUGCCUUCGUCAUAUAGGGGUCAACUAUGCGGUCUUUGUGGUAACUUCAAUUCCCAAAUCAAAGACGACUUUACUGCGCGACAUGGACGAGUGGUUCAGGAUCCGCAGCAGUUUGGUCAAUCCUGGAUUGUGGGUGGUGCCAAGAAGACAUGCCCUCGAACGAAAUUUGGAAAUAAUACCAGGCAGAGACCUACCAGCUUACGUCUCCUCUUCGACAUUCUUCGCGAUGUUAUCUUUCUAUUCCCAAGAGCUCCUUCUGUCUGCGAGAGCGCGCAGACCGGACGCGGCGGAGUGCUCGGCGAGAAUCUACUAGUCACCACUUCGUAUCAAUAUGCAUUAACGUCAGACUCUGACUCGAGUGCUUCUAGUAGCGACUGUUCGUCGACGCGGAGCGGCGGCGAUUUCGCGCUCAUUCGUACGGAAAUCUCACGUGGGUCACAGCAGCACAAGUACACGUCAGCAGCCAUGACGUCCGGAACAUGGAUCUCACAUGUGUGUAUGUGUGCGUCACGAUUUCACGCGAAAUCCCGUAGAUCCGAGAGGAAGUAUUGCGAGUCAAGCUAGAGUCGUGCAAAUAUCGGAAAAUGGAUAAUCUUGUGUCGCACAGAGUGAAGCACAAAAAAUAAAACUAAUAUUUAGCUCUAACUUGGUGUAAUUUAAUCCUGAAUUUUAUGUCAAUGCAGGUCAAUAUCGCAUAUAUUAUUUAAAUCAAGAACGCGACUUAUCUAGUUUUAAGAUCGUCCCUCAUGGGAUAUUGGAUUAUUAUCGAACAAAAAAAAUUGAUGUGAGAUACCGUAAUUGACAAUAUGUAGUGUCAUUAUAUUGUAUUGUAAUCUCAUAAUUAUUGGCAUUUUUUUCAUAAUUGUAAAUGCUGCCUUAUGAAUUUUAUAUGGACUUCACUGAGAGGCUUGUGUAUCACUCGAUAAUGCAGAAGUAGAAUUCUAUUGAACAAGAAAUAUACAUAAGUACAUAAGUACUUUUAGCAUUUGAUAAAACGAAACCGAUAUGCUUGAAUUCAUGAGGACUUUAGCAAUUAGCAGCAGAUGUCUUGUAAUGUUUCGGAACACCGUGCAGUAUUUCGGCCGAUGAGCAGGCUCGCGGCAUAGCAUGUACAUCCCAGUUUAACGCAAUCGAUCGAUUAUAUGUAUAUGUAUGUGUACACAUAUAAAUAUGUGUGGACUCGAAGGUCUUUGAAUCCACAGAUCUGUGUUUCUACCGAAUCUUGUAUUCGUAUAUCUGUGUUCGUAUCUUUUUGCGGGUCUCCGCAUCCGCAGUUCAAUGAAUCAUCGAAUUCAUCUGAUGAAUCAUAGAUCUGCGGUUUUUUAAACUCUCUUUCGCUUUCUGAGAUCUUUGAACCCCAAUUAAAUUCGGAGAUUUAUCCGUAAAUCGCACAUCUAAAAUGGAUAUUUCUAUAUACGUUGCUCUUUCAAUUCAUAAAUCUUUUGAUUCAUAAUUCUGCGAUUGCGCGAUCGCUCUCUUGGGAUCUGUAUAUAAUAAAUUUAGAUCCACGAAUUGCGCUUGCACUCAUGAAUCGUGGUUUCACAAAUAUGUUCUAUUCCUAGAUCCGUGGUGCCAUAGAUCUCUGAUCUCAUUGUAGAUCCACCGUUUUACACAGAUGUUUGGAUUCAUAGGCUCGCCGUUUAUCAGAUUCUUACAUUUUCGUCAUGUAGAAUUAGGAGGGAGCAUUUCCCGUUUUUCUUCGACGACAAGUACACCUUUUUUAUAUUAUGUACAACAUAUAUCUAAGUAGCGUAAUGUUUAUAUAUAUUUUAGCUUUAGUGAAAUUUACAAAUUGUACAUAGAAAGACACGAUUAUUAACGUUAAGCGAGCACUAAGCAUGGAUUCUAAUAAGUCGUGCCACAAUUUUCAUUGAUUCUUCACCUAUUCUCUUUUUUUUACUCCAUUUCUUUAUUCGACUUUCUCUUUCAUUUUCUAUAUAUUUCUUCUUUUUACUUUUUAUCUUUAGCAAAUUAUUAUAAAAUUUUACAAAACAGUGUAGACUUUUUUUAUUAAAGCUACUUUUGCGAAAAGCGAGAGAAUGACGGUUUUUUUUUUUAAUUUAGUAAAUCUGUACAUAGCCAAAAUACACUGUAAUUACUUAUCACCGGCGAGGAAUCGAACCAAUUCUGAAUAUCGGGUAGUCCAAAGCGUUAGCCAAUUUUUGUCGACUUUAGCAUAGAGCUACAGUGUAGAACAAAAAAUUGAGCAUAAUAAAACCAAUUAUAUUCAUA